AUGUCUCCGCCUGUGGCUGCUGGCCGAGAGAAGGAGUCCAACCUGGCUCGUCUCCUGGGUUCCGGCUCUGCCGGUAUCGCCGAGCUCGCUGUCUUUCAUCCGGUUGAUACGAUCGCGAAGCGCCUUAUGAGCAAUGAGUCCAGGCUCAACUCGGUCAUCUUCAAGGACAAGGCCAAUGUAUCCUUCGGCCGCAAGUUCGUUUCGCUGUUCCCCGGUCUGGGUUACGCCGCCGGCUACAAGGUCCUCCAAAGAGUAUACAAGUACGGCGGUCAGCCCGUCGCUCGUGAUUACCUCGCCACCCACUACGGCAAGGACUUUGAGAAUGCUUUCGGCAAGAAGACUGGCAAGGCCAUCAUGCACUCGACCGCUGGCAGCUUGAUCGGUAUUGGAGAGAUCGUCCUCCUUCCCCUCGAUGUCCUCAAGAUCAAGCGUCAAACCAACCCCGAGGCUUUCCGUGGCCGUGGCGUCCUGAAGAUUGUGAAGGAUGAGGGCUUUGGCCUGUACCGUGGUUGGGGCUGGACUGCGGCCAGGAACGCUCCUGGGUCUUUUGCUCUUUUCGGAGGAUCCGCAUUCACCAAGGAGUACCUCUUCGGGCUCCAGGACUACAACAAGGCCAGCUGGUUCCAGAACUUCAUUGCGUCGAUCGCGGGUGCCUCGGCCUCGCUCGUUGUUUCGGCCCCUCUCGACGUUAUCAAGACUCGUAUCCAGAACAGGAACUUUGACAACCCGGAGAGCGGCUUCAAGAUUCUGACCAAGAUGGCGCGCAACGAAGGCUUCUCUAGUUUCUUCAAGGGGCUGGUUCCUAAGCUUCUGAUGACUGGUCCUAAGCUGGUCUUCUCCUUCUGGCUUGCGCAGACCCUGAUCCCUGCAUUCGACGGCAUGCUUGCCAAGAGGUAA